CUCGCUCGUGGGAUGCUACCGGAUUGACAACAUGGAGCAGAGCACAUUGGACAACCACAAUGUUGAUGAGUUUUUUUCGGACAUUAUCGAGGUAGAUCUGGACAGAUCAUGUAGCCCCAGCACCUUUUCUGGCAACAAUGGGCCCACGACAAAGCGAACCAAAAAAGGCGACACUUCUUGGAUGACAGAUAUUGCCAGAGAGCAGCUCGAACAGCAGAAAGACCAUUACAGGAAGAAUGAAGAACAUGAUAUGAGGAAGGAAGAGAUGGUCGAGGACCUCAUCAACACGCGAAGAAUAUUGCAGAAUGAUUUAUUGGAAGUGUUGAAAAAAUAA